AUGGAAGAGUUCUCCCAAGGUAUAACACUACUGGUGUCGGGGAUGACAUGUGGAAGUUGUUCUGCUAGUCUUACAGAAGCUUUGGAAGGUACCGAAGGGAUCCGAAAAGCGGAUGUGUCUCUUCUUACAGAAGAGGCGAAGAUCCAAUUUGACUCUAAAAUCAUCUCCGCACCUGAAAUAAUAGAUGUGGUUAAGGGUUGUGGGUUUGAAGCUAAAGUCACUAGUUCUACGAGGAAAGUCCCGGAGGCACCUGUUGCUUCCAAGAUGGUGACAAAGUUGUCUAUCUCCGGCAUGACCUGUGGAGCAUGUUCUGCGGGAAUUACCGAGGCAUUAGAAGCUGUAAAUGGUGUUUCUAAUGUAAGUGUAUCCUUAUUGACAGAUACUGCAUUAGUUGAACAUGAUUCAGCUGUGACACUGGAACAGUUACUUGAAAAGGUGGAGACCCGAGGCUUUGAGGCAACUAUAGAGAGCUCAAAACAAUUGACAUCAAGCCUCAAACUGCAAAUGUUCAAAACAACCGUAAAUGUAUCGGGAAUGACUUGUGCUUCGUGUAGUGCAUCUAUAACGCAAGCUUUGGAAUCAAAUCCUAAUGUUAUACUGGCAAGUGUGUCAUUAUUAACUAAUGAGGCAUGUGUUAUACACAAUGAAAACCUUGGUGUCGAAGCUAUUUGUACAAUUAUAAAGGAUUGUGGGUUUGAAGCUGUUGUUGUGGGAAGUAUGCCUGAAUCACCAUCUGUUGAAGAUUCUGCAGAAGAUACAAUUGAUGAUAUUAGCAUGGAAAUAUUUGGUAUCACAGAAGAUACUGAUUUGGAACGAUUAUCUUAUGACAUUGAAGCUGUUGUUCAACAAUUACCUGGCAUUAUCGACUUUAAAGUUGCUUUCGUCAAUCGAAGAAGGAAUCAUUUAGUCACUUAUGCUAAUUCGGAAACAUUAAGAGCAAUUCAAAAUAAUGAUCAUGAUGGCUCUGUUGAAGAAAAUGAAAAUUUGGUUGAUGAAUUAUACGUUACCUACGACUCAAAUGAAGUUGGAAUUAGAGACAUUUUUGAUGCUCUAAAUCAAAUACAAAGUGGAGCAUUCCAGUUUGCUAUUCUCAAUUCAAUUGAUCAAUCUUACACUGCUCAACUAAAGCUUUUAAGCAGAGUGAAGGAAAUCCAAUACUGGAAAUCCAAUCUUUUUCAAGCAUUAUUAGUUGGCAUCCCAGUUAUGGUGAUGACCCAUACUCAAAACAUCAAAUUUUGGAGAGAAACAACUAUGCUAUUUGAUGGUUGUUAUUUGGUAUCUUUGAUUGAGUUUGCAUUGGCAACUUAUAAUCAGUUUGUAUUGGCCAAAGUUUUCAACAAAAAGUUCUUGCAUUUCAUCAAUAAUCGUGGUAAGUCUGCUACAAUGGACGUUUUAGUUUGCAUUUCAACGAGUAUCUCAUACUAUUUUAGUGUGUUCUACAUCUUUGUUAGUGUUUGGUAUGGAACAAAAAACAAUCCACCAAAGCUCCUUUUCGAUACAAGUUUAAUGUUAGUUACAUUUAUUUCGUUGGGGAAAUUAUUGGAGAACAAAGCUAAAGGCGCAACCCUGACUGCACUUUCACAAUUGAUGGCUUUAGCUCCCAACCUGUGCACUAUCGUUCAAGAUCCUCAUGAAUACGACGUUGUCCAUCAUGAUAAUCCUAGUGAGUUGAAGUCUUUGGCAUUACGUGACAUCUCGGUUGACUUAAUACAGAAGAACGAUGUGGCUAUUGUGGUUCCUGGAGCCAAAGUUCCUGCUGAUGGGAUUAUUUGCUUCGGUGAAUGUGAAAUAGAUGAAUCUUUAAUCACUGGUGAGUCAUUACCUGUUUUCAGAGGUAUUGGUGAUGCUGUUAUCGGUGGUUCUGUUAACGGUGCUUCUUUGAUUCAUAUCAAAGUCACCAGGCUGGGGAAGAAGUCACAAUUGCAACAAAUCAUUAACUUGGUGAAAGUAUCUCAGGUUAAUAAAGCACCAGUUCAAAGAUAUGCUGAUUGGUUAGCAGCUAGAUUUGUUCCCACAGUCCUUAUUCUUGCACUGCUUACACUUUUCUUCUGGAUCACGUUGACUCUAGUAGCACCCAAAAUGCUUCCCAAAGUUUUCCUUGGACCGGAAGAGAAGUUUUUCAUUUGUUUGAAGAUUUCAAUUAGUGUGGUGGUUGUAGCUUGCCCUUGUGCUCUUGGUUUGGCUGCUCCCACUGCAAUCAUGGUUGGUACUGGUGUUGGUGCAACACAUGGAGUAUUAAUCAAGGGUGGUGAAGUGUUAGAAAAAGCAGACACUGUUCAAGUGAUUUUGUUUGACAAGACAGGUACCUUGACGACUGGUGAGAUGCAAGUUGUCAAUUAUGAAAUUACUGAAUUCAAGGACACCAGAAACUGGUGGCAUUUAGUUGCUGGCGUGGAGAUGAAUUCAGAGCAUCCAAUAGCACAGGCCAUUGUCGCGGAAUCAAGGAAACAACUUGGGUUGUCCUUCUCUCAUGAUAGAGUCGAAUGUGUUGUGAGUAAUUUCCAUGUUUACCCUGGAAUGGGUGUUUCUGGGACAGUUGAUACUCAUGAUAUAUUGGUUGGUAACUCCAAAUUAGUUAAAGACUUAUUUCCAGCACUUAUCCCCUUGGUUGAAGAGUACGAAGUUCAAGCAGAGGUACUUGGAAGUAUUGCUCAUGUUAUUAUUGAUCAAAAGUUCCAUGGAACGUUACAACUUGCAGAUUCCCUUAAAAAGAAUGCCAGAGAUGUUGUUAAACACCUUCAAAAGACAUAUGAAGUGGGGAUGGUGACUGGUGAUAAUCACGUGGUCGCAGAACGUAUAGCAAAAGAUAUUGGUAUUCCAUCUAGCAAUGUGUUUAGUGAAGUCUCGCCAAUUGAGAAGGAUAAAGUUAUCAAUGAUGUCAAAGAACGUUUUGGAUGUCGAGUUUGCUUUAUUGGGGAUGGAAUUAAUGAUGCUCCCGCAUUGGCACAAGCAGAUGUAUCUAUGGCCAUUAGUACCGGAUCUGAUAUUGCUAUGGAAUCAGCAGACAUUGUGAUUUUAGCACAUGAUGAUUUAAGUGGAGUUGUCAAUGCAUUAAAAUUGGCCUCAAUGACAUUAAGAAAGUUGAAGAUGAACUUUCUUUGGGCUGCAGUUUACAAUAUCAUUAUGUUACCAUUUGCCAUGGGACUUUUCUUGAAAUGGAAUAUCAUGCUCCCACCUAUUGCUGCUGGGUGUGCUAUGAUGAUGAGCAGUGUGAGUGUGGUUUUAUCGUCGUUAACAUUGAAGUGGUUCCGUCCUGCUAAAAUUGAAAGAGUAGGUGCUAUUGAUCAUGAGUUUAAGAUCGAUGAGGAGCUGGACGUUGGAACUACAGUGAAUUUAAAACUGGGAACAAAAGAAGACUUUUUACUACCCAGAAGAGGCUAUUCUGCUCCUACUAGACCCUUGCACCAGUUUGCAUCUCGGAUUUGGAAUAGAACAAGCACUCCACCCAAUUCUUAUGAACUUUUGGAUCGAUCCUAA